GGCCUGGCCGCAAAACUCCGCCCCCUUGCGGCACGUGGGGCGGAGACGUGGCCGGGAUGGAAGAAGCUGGAGCAGCCCGGGUUGGGCUGGGCUUCACCUUGGGCAUCCCAUUUCCAUCCCCCCUGGAGGCCCAAAUCGCUCACGGCUCCCUGGCCCCCGACCCUGAGCCCCGCAAGGGGGGGAUCAGCAAAGAACUGACGGUGACUGAGAACUUCCUACACGUGCACUGGAAAGCAGAUGAGGCCCGGAUCCUGCGUGUUUCCAUCAGCUCCUUCCUGGACCAUCUCUCCCUGGUGAUAGAGACCAUGGAGAUGUUCGGGCCACCAGUACCCCGCUAGCGCCUGCCCUCUGGCACCCCUGGGGAGCCAGGGGAGGGGCAAGAGGCUGGGCCAACGUCCUCUCUGCCCCCGUUGCCUUGGAGAUGCUGGAGCUGGUGCUGCUCGGGGUGCAGACCAGGCAUCAGCUGGACUGUCCUGGGGGGGGGGGACGGGGGACAGAGACAGUCCCUGCAUCUGGCCAGCACCUUGGACUGGUUUCAGCUCUGAGACUAGCUGAGCCGGGGGUGUGUGUGUGCACAAUGCUGGGGGGCUGUGGGACUCUGUGCAGGGGGCUCUGUAUAGACCCCACCCAUGUUGUGAUGAACUCUGCAAUAAAUGCUGCAGUGGAAACCCCUGCCUGUCUGAAUAUAAGCAGGAAAAAGACCCUCCCCUCCCCAGCUUGCGAUCCACCCCUUGGAGCUACCCCCACUGGAACCUCCCUCAGCACAGCCCGCUGGGAUCAACCUUCUCCCAGGACCCCACCCCCAUGUACAGCCUCCCUCUCAGGGACUCUCCCCUCCCUUUGGUUAAUGAGCCCUGCUGCCCCCUACGCAGCCCUGCGUGGGAUCCUCCUUCUGCCUAACAUGGGAGAUGGGACCCUCCCAAAGACCCUCAAACAGCAUCUCCCAGAAUCCACCUCUGCAGCCCCCCUACCCCCCCCCCAUGGGACAUGUGCCCCAUGCUGGCAGGUGAAGAGUUAACAGGCAGCUGAGUGGUCCAAUUAGCCCACCCUGGAGAGGGGUGGAAGGCAGCUAAUUAAGGAUGAGCAGCAGCUGGGGAGGUGCAGGCUUGGCUCCUAGAAAGGAAGAGGAGGAGGGUGCACUGGUUGGAAAGCAGAGGCAGAGAGAG